GUUUUGCAGACAAAUCAUCUUCUGCUUUAGAAAUAGUAGAUUGAAUCAAACCAUUUUUUCCUCUCAAAGUACUUCUUCCCUAAAUGAGGUAUUGGAGACAAAAGUUUCACCUACUUCAAGAAUUUCACAAAAGACCCCAAAUUUUCUGGAAGGUUUACUUUCAGGGGAAUCACUUUCUUCAGAGUUCUUAGGUUUACCAGUGCUUGAUGAAAAUCGCUUUGUGCUUUCACGUCAUUAAUUAAGGAAAUAGUCAUGGGCUACCUUACUGCAUCACUUUGGAAGGACUUUUCCCUUCCUUGGAGUUCUGUGAUGCGUUCACCUAGAAACAGCUUCUUUGUUGUGCAAACAUUCUACUGGCAAAUCGUGCCAGGCUGCCACUCACCUUGGACAAUUCAAGUUUCUUCUGGGAAUUGAACUUAAAUUCGGACUUUUCUCUUGUGUUUGAUAUGGCCCUCUCCAGUUUUUAAACCACUCAGAUCCAGGAAGCCUUGCUACUGGCCAAAGCAAAGGGCUCCACGAGGCUAAGGCAUCAAAAGCCAAGCAUCUAUCAGCUCACACAUCUCAGAAAAAUAGCCCAGUGGCUUGUUUUGAUCCACCUAUUAAAACGGUUCCCACCAAGAAUCCAAUGAUGUACAAGAAAAGAGCAGCUGACCCAGUCUGUCCUGACCUUACUGCUUUGUUGGUGAAAAAUAAGACUCUUUUAGCUGAGGUAUAUGGAUUAUCUGAAAAUAAAGUGCCAAAGGAAAAUGUAUCCUCUGUAAAACUAAGAAACCUUCAAAACAAGCUCUUCAUAAAAGAAACUUCAUUGCAAGAGAUGAAGAGUGAGCUAGAAAGUUACAAACGAAAUAACGUGCAUCAGUCUUCCCAGAUAAUGUCCCUGAAAGAGGAUAUCAAGGACCUAGAGGAACUUAUCGCUUCUCUAACCAGGAUUAAAUCUUUGAAAAACACCAAUAUUCAGAAUCUUGAAAGAGGCAACUGGGAUCUAACUGAAAAAAUUAUAGAACUGGAAAACAAUCUAAGAGUCCAUCUGUUUGAAAGAGAAAAGGCAGAGCGGAAAGCAGGCCUUUUGGAGGAAAAGUUAGCAGGUGCUAAUGGAUUCGCCCAUCAUAUGAAUAUGAAAGGACAAGAAGAUUCCUUGGAUAGUUUCAUGAUGAAGAGGACAGCAGGUCGGCAGCAGGAAAUCCAGAUGCUCACCAAACGGCUGGAGCAGCUAUGUGGCCACUCUGAAGAAGCCGCUGGAGAAUUCUCCCAAAUGGAAGAAAGGCAGAGGGAACAAAAAAGACCCUUGAAACGUAUGGAAGGAAACACUGCUAUUAAUGACUUUUUUCAAGAGAGAUUAGAAUUGAACAGGAAAAAAGAAAACUCUGGGAUUAAGAAUUCAUGGAUAGCAGAACAUGGCAAGAUAUCCAAACAGCUAGAGAAAGACAAUGAGCAACAAACACUAUUGAAUAUUCAGCAGAAUUUGCAGAAUGCUACAACUCAAAGAUUAGAAGAGAAAAUUCAGAAACUUCAGAAACAGCUGAGUGAUUUGAAAUUGUCAAAUAAAAGUAUGAAAACUCAACUGACAAGAGUAAACGUCCUUAAGGACAAAACAAUUGAAAAGCUCAGGCAAUCUUUAACAAAAGCUGAACUAAUGCAAGGGAAGACAGUUAUGAAAACAGACAACUUGAAAACUACAUCAGACUCUGCCAAGACAGAGGAAAGAGGAGACAAAGAGAAAGUCCAUCAGACGUUAGAAGCCGUCAGUCCUGAGCGCUACACAGCAAAGAGCACGCUUGAUAAAGUAUCAGGACAACAAGAGCUGACUGAUUUUCGAGAAACUAUUAUGAAGAUGUUGGGAUUUAACAUGAGAACAGCAGACAAGGAAAUCAUCAAUCACCUAAGGCUUAUUAUACAAGAUUAUAAAGCAUCUGACAAAUCAAAGGUUGCUUCUCAUUCUGAGACUGGACAGGAUAAUGAAUAAAAAAGUUCUGUCUUUUUCAUUACUCCCGACAAGAACUCAGUAGAUACGGGCAUCUCCUGUAGCAUCUUGAAUGCAGCUAUGUUAUGAAUAAAAUGCACUGGGAAUUUCUCACCUUUGA